AUGGCGCUGAACAGCAGCGCUGCGGGGAGUGAAAAGCCCUCUCAGGGGCGUGACAACAGCAUCAUCAGUCUUCCUGGGGGAUACUUUGGGCACGAGGACAGGCUGAACAGCGCCGAAACCGGAUUGAUCUCGCAGGUGAACCCCACACAGACACAGCUCCUGCACAUCGGGGACCUCAUCAACCUUUUGCGAGGCGGCGUGGAACAGCACCAAGCGAAUGCCGCGGCUCGGCCUCAGCCCUAUGCCAAAAUCAGCGUGUGCUUUGUCAGCUGGCAGGCCGAAAGCAGUGCCAACUCGGACAGCAAGGCCCGGAUCGCAGCCAGGGAUGAGCUCAAGGGCGUGUUCAAGAACGGCUACAAGUACGCCGUGCACGACAUCAGAUUGCCCAGCUCCGACGUCGCCGCUCGCGAGCUCGAGCAUGGCGUCUAUGAGCAAGUGCGCGAACUGCAGAAGCAGAGCAUAGGCAAGCAGACAGAAAGCUGCCUGCUUGUACUGCACUACAUUGGCGACUCAGCCUACCGACGAUCGGACAAAAAGGGUGUAUGGGUGGACAGGCUCGCGGCAGGACACUCGGCCGUGUCGUGGCAGGAGGUCACCGAGGUCGUCCGCCUGGCCAGCUGCGAUGUGCUGCUUGUCCUGGACUGCGGCUUCGCGCAUUCGGUGGUGCGGCGGGAUGUCGAGUGGAAGUGUCGGUGUGAGGUGCUUGGCACCCUGGAAGGACAGGCUACUGGAGGCUUCACCAAAGAACUGGCGUCGAUUCUCAAGGCGUCGCUGGGAACGCCCAUCGCCACGACACAGCUUGCUUCGAGGCUUUCACUCGGCCCGAGCUUUGGCGACUUUGGUCCCCGCCCUCGACGCGUCUGGAGUGCUCUGGCGGCAGGCGCAACCGCCCCGCCUGCCAUCGUGCUUAGCGCACUGGGCGCCGCCCCCGCAGCCUUCCCUAAAACGACCACCCAAGCCGCCACCGACGGCUACUCGCGCGUCAUUUUGGGCGUUAGACUUGCGAACCCGACAGAAUCCUCGGUGCUGCAGCAAUGGCAGUGCUGGGUCGCCGAGAGCUCCAGGACGGUGGCGGCUGGAAACCUGACGGUGGACAAGCAGCUGCUGGCUUCGGUGCGUCUCCACUGUCUCGUCGAGGGGAACCCAGCAACCGGCAUCGUGUCCAUGCCUACAUGGCUGUGGGCACUGCUGGGACCGCAUCCAGCCUGGAGCUUCAUUUCCACGACCGCUUCCGACUCCAACCUUCUCCCAGUUCCGCUCCCACCAACACCACAGAACGGAUCUGCACUGCCGCCCAACCCGCCGCCCUAUUCUGAACAUCGCACACCCGCGAAGCCGUUUGACGGCGACUCGAAGGCCUCGGCUCACAAAGAUGCCGUCAAUGGUGGCCCGUCUGGCAGUGAGAAGGAGAAGUCGCCAAAGUCACCAGGCCAGUUAGACAGGAACAAUGUCGAGGCACUGUUCGCGGCUGCGCUGGCCUCGGCGCAACUCCGGGUGGGCGAGUCCAAAGCAAAGCGUCUGGAAGACUUCAUGAAGCCACCUCUCAGCAGCGUGCAAGACCUGCUAAACGUCGUCGACAGUCAGAACGAAAAGUUCACUAGCUUCAGGGAGAAGCGCAAACCACUGUUUGACGCGGUCUUGGCUGCAUGCACGCCUCUCGAAAAAGUUGGCGAGGUUCUGGCCGGCGCUGCCUCGGAAGCCUUUCCUCCUGCGCAAAACGUCUUUGCAGCUGUCAUGUACCUCAUCAAUGCCGCCAAGGAUAUCUCUCAGAUCUACGACUCCAUUAUCGAACUGUUCGUCCAGCUCUCCGACUUCACCAACCGACUCAAAUUUUACAUGUCGGAGAGGCUCUCCCCGGAGCUAUACAACAAGGUCUCGGAAAUCCUGGCGACUGUCUUUGAGGCUCUCGUCCUGGCCGCCAGCGAGGUUCACCGCGGUCGGGUAAAGGCGUACUUCAAGCGGCUUUUCGGGGGCGAAAGUCCAAUCCCCGAUGUUAUGCAGCGCCUUGCGAAGCUGACAGAAGCCGAGGAGAAGCUGGUCAUGGCCGAGACAAACGCGGGCGUCAAACGGUCCCUAUCUAAUCAGGACAAAUUGCUUGAGAUUAUCUCGCGUGUUGACGUCAGCAUCCAGACUAUCCGGGCGGAAACACGCCACGAGCCCCAGACCCGUGAACAGGCGCUCUCGACUAACCGAGCCAAGCUCAAGGGCAUUCUUCGGCCAUCUGCCUAUGCCCAAGACAUCUAUCUCGGGCUCAGCCGCACGCGAACACAGGGCACCGGCGACUGGCUCCUGGAGGAUGCGUCUUUCACGGCCUGGAUUGCAGGCGACAUCCGGUUCCUAUGGAUAUGCGGCAAUCCCGGCAGUGGAAAAUCCUACCUGACAUCAAGGCUGGUGUCGUGGGGACUGAACAUGCUGGAGGAGCAGGAUGAGACACACAUGCUGGGCUAUUUCUUCUUCAAGCAAAACAACCCUGAAACCCGAUCCUUCAUUCAAGCUCUGCGCGACAUGGCUUUCCAGAUUUGCGAGCAGGAUGUGUUCUACGGGAAACAGGUUCUUCAAGGGGUCUCGAGCAACGAUGACAUCAAAACGGUCUCGAGCGCCUUCCGUCGCCUUCUCGUCGAGCCGAUAGUGCCGGACCGAUGGAGACGACAGAUUUACAUCUUGCUUGAUGGUGUCGACGAAGCUGAUCCUCAGGAACUUGCCGAGUUCCUAUCUCUCCUCGACGAUCUCAACAAGCAAACGCCAAACAACACUCGCGUUCAGGUCGCCAUGGUCGGACGUACGUCUCUCUCGGAAGCAGUCACGGAGCGUCUCGAGAACGAUUCUACAGCUGGGCGCGGGUAUCGAACGAUUCAUAUCACCCCAGAACGAAACGCUACAGACAUCGCUUCGUACAUAUCCGAAGGUGUCUACUCAGCCCGCAUACUCCGCGGAACACCCGAUGGCUUCAAGAAUCAGGUCAUCGAAGUAAUGAAGAACCAGGUCGACGGGCUCUUUAUUCUGGCCAAGUUUAUGCUUGCCGAACUCAAUCGGGCUCGGCACCCUCGCCGCAUCAUCGACGGCCUGCGGUCGUAUCCAAAGGAGAUCACGGGAAUGCUCAAGAAAACGGUCCUCAAUUUUUCCGAGACCCUGACCGCCGACGACGCGGCCGAUCUCAACGAGAUACUCUGCUGGGUGUCUGUUGCACAAAUGGCACUCACACUGGAGCAGAUAGAGUCUCUUCUGACACUCAAGGUUGGGGACCCCCCCUACCGUCUUGAGGAGACCCUCCGAGGCCAGCAGUCAUGCUUUUUCACUUUGGAGCGCGCAGAUGGCCUGUCCACAGCCGACCUUGCUGAGAGGACAAAUGACGAGGUCCGUCGGCAGGCCCAAAGCGCGUUGCAAAAGUCUCCAAGCCUGGAUGGCGAUGGGGCCACGCUCGCCGGGAGGAUCCUCAGCGCGGAGCAUGAGGUAGAGUAUGUGUCAAACAAACAGACUACUUUAGUGACUUUCUGUCACGCAUCGGUCCGCGAGUUUUUUCUUAGCGAUGACUCUACCAAUCUCCGCGCCGGCGAGGGCUCGCAGGCCAUCGGCUUCCAUCUGCCUUCGGCACGCCUCCACGUCCUCGAAACCUGCCUUCGCAUCUUCACAGACCCGGACUUCUUCACCAUUGUGGGCCAAGAUGGCCUCUCUCUACAGCGGUACGCAGCCUGGUACUGGCAAGAGCACCUUAUGGAGGUAGACAGGGCAUCGUUGCCCGCGUCGCAAAAAGCAGAGAUCGGGCGGAUGGUCUACGCCAUGCUCAACGAAGAACUGGUGGUUCUGGCCUGGACGAACUUGUUCGAGGAGUCUCUGGACAUAUGGACCGACGGAAAUAUUGACUGCGUACGCGAGUGGCUUGGUGACCCAGAAGCGGUCGCAUACUAUUCCGCAAGUGAGAAGUCGUGGGCGGAGAUUGCCUCCAAGAGUCAGGUGGCCCUCCUCGAACCCAUGGGGCGCAUCUAUGCUCGGGCUUGGCUACAAGACGGGUUCGUCACUUACAUGCCUACCCUGUUCUGUUUCGGUGUUGUGCAGACACUGGCUUUGAUGGCCGAGGGCUCUUCGGGGCUGUGGUCGUCUUCAGAGCAACACUGGGAAGAUAUCACGCUUGAAAGCAGGAUCAUCAUGGCGACAAAAUGGGCGGCCAGCCACCUGGAUGCCAGCUGGAAACGAAACGUACCGCCGACGCCGACCACAAGCACAGGGGAGCCUGCUCUGGAUGGGCACUGGUACAGGCGUAUCGGCUCAACCUUCCUCAACUUUGGCUUGCACCACCAAGCCUUGCAAUACUUCCAGACCGCUUUAGCCACGGACGGCAGCAUUCUCCAGAACUGCGGUCGCAUCGGCCUCUGCCACGCUCUGAACGGCAACUACGAGAAGGCGUUGCGCCUACAUCUUAUUGCCGAGACGGUCGAAAUCCAUGAGCUGUCGAUAUCGCUCAACAUAGACCUCUUCGACCCCAAGAAGCUGACACCGACCAAUUCGUUCAACUCAAAUGCUGAGUCGGUUGUCGCAGCAUUGACUGUGUCCGAGUCCUUCUCGUCCACCACGUCAUCGAGAGAGAAUAGAGAGCGGCACCAGGAGAUCGAGGCAGCCAAAUGGCGGCUGUACCAAAACCUAUGUCGCAUCGCUGGUUGCUACAACAAGCUGGGCAACAUUUCGCAGGCGUUGGCCUACGCGAGACGCGCAACUUCCGACAUCUUUCGAUACCAGCACUCUGAUUUCGAGCCUGAGGCUGCCUAUGCCCGUCUCCUUGCCGAGAACAGCCGCAUCGCGGAGCUUAUGACGCUCUUCCACGAGCUAGACACUCGGCAAACGGCGCGACACGGAGGUGGACAGAGCCGUUUCAUCUCUUUCCUUCUCUCGCAGCUACCCGACUUGACCAUCAGCCUAUGGCUUCCCGAAGCAGCCGCCCGGACAGAGCAGACUGAGAUCUUGGCACGUCGCUAUGCCAGUGCCAUCUCCGCCGCCACCGAGGCGCAGGACUACUGGAAGGAGCUGUACUUGCGCAACUGCCUCGGCAGCGUCUACCUUUGCUCUCAGCCGCACCAUGACCGCGCAAUUUCCUUGCAUGAAGGUCUCUUAUUUUCUCCCCUGUUCAAACCACAGAAGGGCACCUUGGCCGUGCGCGCCGAACACGUUUCUUCAUUUGCGCAGCUUUCUCGCGCGUACUUUGUCGGGGCACUGGCUGCCGACCCCGUCCUGCUUGACGAAAUUAAGGUCGCCCCUUGGCUAUCUAGGCUAGAGACACUGAAGGCAAAAAGGCAGGUUCUGUUCAAAGAUUCCAACGACGGAUCUAGGCUGCGCGCCGCAGGACUAGAGUUCAACGAGGCCGCCAUCUACCUCAUUCUUCUCUACCGGCUUCAGGCCCAGAAAAAGGGACAGGAUGGAAAGGCGGCAGAGUCCAAGCGUCUGGUGUCUGCGAGGCUUGUCGAGUGUCUAGAGCUACUCGAAGACGAUGAACCGCAGAACGAUGUGGUCGCGGUGCAAAAUCUGCAGCGCACAUUGCUCGCUGCCGGCGACGACAUCAACACAACGGCGCUGUGGCAGUCGAUACGGCGGCCCGUUGGAGCAAGCGAGGAUACCGACAUGGUUGACCCGCCCGGGGUAGUCAGUCCCGAGCCUGGUAGCAGACGCGACAAGCCCAAGGGCAAGGCCAGCCCGUCGCCACAUUCGGCGACCGGCCGGAGCAGAAAGUCCGACGGUUCAUCUCCCGGCAGCUCAACGCCUUUGUCUGGCAAUGUUAAAGGCAGAGGCAGUCCUUCGCUGGGGUCGACUCCUGGAGCUGGUAGCCGCAGCACGAGACACGUCGAUGGCAGCCCCACAAUACCAGUUGCCCAUCUAGCGACAAGGAAGUCGUCCGAGAGGCGUCCUAGCGACUCAUCCGGCCGCUCAAGCCCUUCUUUCUCGCCCUCACCCCGCCGUCGCGGGCGCGACCUGAUGCUGUCCGAAGUUUUCGAGCCUGGCUGGAGCUCCAGUUACUACUCUGGUGGGGAAGACCUAGGCGGCCUGCUAGGCGCCCAUGGCACCGCUGGGCUGCUUGUCUGCGACCACUGCCUACGCCGCCUGACACCGGAGAUCGAGUUUGUGGUGUGCAAGCUAUGCAUAGAUUCCAAGGCGUGCUUAGCAUGCCUGGCCGCGUUGAAGGCGCGGGCAGGCCAGCCGCCGUCACCAGGUCAUGCUGCGUCGGCGUGCAAUCCCGCGCACCAGUGGCUAACGAUCCCUACCCUGAAGCUGCGCCUGCGGGCGGGAGAGAUCCUGGUGGACGGAGCAGUCAUGAAGCUGGACGAGUGGAAAGCUGGGCUGAGGCUGAAAUGGGUUGCUGGCCGCACCAUCCAUCAGCCGGCGCCCGUCUCUGGGCUGGCUAUCACGCUGAACCAGAGCUGA